AUGUCCUAUCGCGAACGCCCAGACCCUCCACGUCGCGGCGACGACCGAGAACAAGGUGGCAGAGACGCCAGUCGCUAUCGUCCUGAGCCGCCACGUCGACCGUAUGAUGAUCGUGCAGACGGCUAUCCUCGCCAACCACCUCAGCCAUACGGUGCGGGGCGAAGCGAUCGUCCCCCGCCACCUAUGCGGCCAGACUACAGAGACGAGGGCACCUACUCGCGUGGGCCCGCUGCUUCAUCAUCGUCAUAUCAAGGACGCAGCGUCCCCCCGCAGAGAGAGCAGGGUCGCGCCAUCCCGCCUCCAAGAGAGGAUCGCAGAGAGAGGGACUGGGACUAUGAGCGUAGUAGUGGGGCGGCAGGGAGUGGUAGAAACUGGAGAGAUGAGCCCAGAGAUCGCUACGCUGAGCGUGACCGAGAGCGAGAUGGUGGGAGGGGAAGAGGCAGGUCGUCUCGUAGUCGCUCCCCUGCGCCUCGAGGUCGGGACAGGAGGAGGGAGACUUCCCCGCCAUCACGCACUAGCGGUAGCAGCAGCAAAGGAGAUCAUCUAGCAGCUACCAACGGCAUAUCCGCAAAGUACAAUGGAACAGCAGUCGCUGCAGAACCGAUGGCGACUGGAGCGGCCCCUGAGGCUGACGCAGCAGACGAAGAGGAGGACGCUGCGCCCAUCGACGAAGCCGAAGCGGCCAUGAUGGCCUCGAUGGGCUUUGGCGGGUUUGGCACCACAAAGGGGACGCACGUCAAGGGCAACUCGCAAGGGGGAGCCAAUGUCAAGAAGGAGAGGACGUGGCGACAGUACAUGAACAGGAAGGGAGGCUUCAACCGGCAGUUGGACGCCGUCAAGAAGUAA